CGUUAAAUCCUCCACACCUCUAGUCUCUCUCUCUCUCACUCAUCCUAUGGCGCUAUCCAACAACCUAACCGCAAUCCUAAACCUGAUAGCCUUCCUCUGCUCCGUCCCCAUAAUCGCGUCCGGAAUCUGGCUCGCCGCCCAGCCGGACAACGAGUGCAUCCACUUGAUCCGGUGGCCGGUCGUCCUCCUCGGCCUCCUAGUCCUCGUCGUCUCCCUCACCGGAUUCGUCGGCGCCUACUGGUACAAGGAGACGCUCCUCGCCUUCUACCUCUGCUGUAUGGCCAUCCUGAUCGCGCUCCUCCUCAUCCUCCUCGUCUUCGCCUUCGUCGUCACCCGCCCCGACGGCAGCUACGACGUCCCCGGCCGCGGGUACAGGGAGUUCCGGAUCCAAGGGUUCUCGCCCUGGCUGCGGAAUCACAUCGUCAAUUCAAAAAAUUGGGGCGCAAUUCGCGCUUGCCUCGCCGAGACCGACGUCUGCUCCAGAUUGACGAGUAGGUACCUCUCGGCGGACCAGUUCUUCGCCGGCCACAUCUCUCCCCUCCAGCAAACAAUGACAAGCAAGAGAGGAGAGGAUUGGAAAGCGGAGGAAGAUAAGAACUUGUGCAAUUCAUGGGUCACGAUAUCAGAAGAUGGAAAUGUUGGCGUCAAUCGAAGACAAUCAAAGUUUUGGGAUAGAGUGGACAUGCAAUUUCGAGUGAACGAUCCAAACACAACUUGUACUAUCAAAACCAUGGUUAAUCGAAUGAGCACCAUCAGCAAACUGUGCAAGUUUUGGAAUUAAGAUAUCCAAAGGGCGGAGAGGAAUCAACCAAGUGGCACGAAUCAACAAGAUGUGGUAUGAAUUUUCUGUCACCAUCACUGUUAUUUUAUAACUCAUUCAUUAGUAGUGUGUUCUAUUUUCUAACUCAUUUUCCAACUAAUUUAUUAAUACGUAUAAGAGUAUAUGGCAGAACAGUUGUAUAAAAGUGAGACUUGCGCCCAGGGUUGAACUCUUAGUCAUUGUUGGCGGAUCUUGAAAAAAUGUUAAAAAUUUCACCAUGAUAACAAUGUCGUCUCCCAUUCCUCCCAUGAGUUAAAGCUUCACAGCAAAGUCGCACGAGUCAAGGUUCUGAUGGUUCUCCCAUGGGUCGUGAUUAUUAAUCAACCCCACUAACAGACCUCAAUGACCAGGAGAUGAAGAAACUCCACCCUUCGUCAUAUCUCGCUCUGCUGGACGCAACAAACAGAAGGCGGCUAAGAAGAAAGGAAAGGGGGUUGUUGAUUCAUUAGAGAGCUACAUUGCUCAAUUGUUGGACUAUGGAAGUGAGUUGAAGGAGCGGCAUGCUUUGAGUGCUGAGUAUGAGCGAAAAAAGAUUCCAACAAAAGAAAAACUGAAGUGCGAUGAGGAAAAGUGGGAUCUUGAGAAAAGGGAGAGGGAAGAAAAGUGGGAACUUGAGAAAAGAUAGAGGGAAGCGACAUUACUUCGGGAAAACAUGGAUCUUCUUGAAAGGGGCUUGUCGAAGUUGAUAAAAAAAAAGAGGAAGUAUUGGAGAAAUAAACAAAACGUGCUUCUAGGGUAUGAUCAAGAUGAUCUCAACUAUGUUCCCAACUAUUCAUCCAACGCAAGUUAGACCGGAGGAGGAGAUUAAGGGUAUUACUAUUAUCUUAUGGACGAUUAUUGACAUGUUAUGUGUUUCAUCUUUAUCAUUUCAAGUGUUGUGUACGUUUGGUAAGCACGUCAUGUAGAAUUCAUGUAUUUGAAGAACUCAUGUAUAUUGAAGGUUGAGUUGCGAGAACUUGUGUAAUAUAAAAAUGCAUUGUUUGGC